CUCCUCUCCCUGUCAGUGCAACUGGCACGAUUUCCUCGCCGGUGCAGGAACCUUUCAAUAUUUCUUACUCGGCUACUCACACUCACUGUCCUUGAAGUUCGAACUUCAAACUCGCUCUUCUCACUCAUUUGCGAACGAUUUGGAAAUAAGAUGGAAGAGGAGUCUUUGCAAGUUCGACUCCCUUCUCCCACAGAAUUCGCUUCUGAAAUCGAAUCCAAAAAUGUCUCCGCUGUGUUCAAUGGAUGCAUUAAGAACUGGAAAGCUUUCGUCGAAUGGAAUCCGGCUAAUGGUGGUCUCGAUUACUUGCAGGAUCAUCUACUGUGGAAGCUAUGCUAUCUAAAACAGCACCUGUAUUUUACGGUGAUAUCAGAAGCCAUGAAAGGAUAUCAGGAUGCUGUUACUGAUGUAGAGCCCAGUUUGCUUUCUGGCGAUGCUCUUCGACAAAUUUAUGUAGCACAGUUGUUUUAUGCCCCCCUUCUGCAAGUCCAUUUUUUACCCAAAGCCUGUGUUUGUUCUGUUGCUCUUGAAAACCCUGACUUCUCAUUAUAUCCGAGAGCAAAAUGCUCCAUGGACUACGCUCAGAAGGUUUUUCUUCAUGCAGAUGAUGCACUUUUCAUUCCUGAAGGCUGGACAGAACCAAGCACUCCCCAAGGCUUCUCCUGGCUCAGAGAAACUGGAGGCAUACAUGUGAGCUGCUCCGUAAUGGAGGAGGAGCACAAUUUUCCAAGAACCUUGGAUGCUCUAAUACUGCACUUGCUUUCACCAGUGGGAGCAGAGGUACUUACACGGAAGUUUGAUGAGAUUGAUCAACAGACAACAGAAGGCGAUCGGAACAAAUUCUACCAAGGCUUUUAUGGUGCAUUUGAUGAUCAAUUUGCUGCAAUGGAUGCAGUCCUUAACGGGAAGGAAUUAUUUGCUCACUGGGCAUUUGAAAAAUCUCUCGAUAAAUACUUGGGAGUAAACUUUGACGUUCCACCACCAAUUUGAUAGGCCAUGCAGUGAUGCAACUUCAUGAAAGAAUUGGUCCCACCUGCAGUAUUAAAAGAGUCGAGCAAAGCAUUUCCAUAGAAGCAGCUUUCUGUCAUAAUCGGUACUUUUACAUGUGAGUCAUCCAUGCUGUAGAAAUAUAAAUGAUUGCUAACUUUGAAUAGUGCUGUAUAUGUCACAUCUUUCAAUAUGCCACACUAUCCCAAGUAAUUUGACUCUUAAUGAAACUAACUCAACAGAUCAAAAGUUUGUAGUCUGAAUUAUGGAACUUCAUGUUCUGUCCAAAA